AUGCCAUCCAAGAACUCUAUUAAUAGACCUAAGCUAACGUUAAAUGCAAACAAGAGAGUGCAAAGAAACGCCAAGAAGAGAGAUGCUCGUGAAAAGUUGGGUCUUUUAAACCCACAAAGAUCUAGUGAAAGUUCCAAAUCUGGUGAAAUUAAAUCCGUGGCACUAGAUUUAUAUUUCAAUAAAGAAUCUAGUCCAAAUGGUCCCAUCACUACAAAGACUCUUUCCAAGAAGAGAACUAAAAAAAUAGAAAGAAACUUGAAAUAUGCUGAACAAAGAAAAUUAUUACUUGAUGUAGGAUCAAAGAUUGAAAAUGACAUUGAAAUGGAUGUCGAUUCUAGUAAUGGUAAGAAACAAGAUUUGAAAAAAUCAAAUUUAACUUUAGUGAAAGAAGCCCUUUGGAGUGUCAUCGAAGAUACAACUUCUGAUCCAUUAAUAAUAGAAAAUGGUCAAGGUACUACAUUCGGAGGCCCUUUCUUUCCUUGA